UGCUUCGCUUCGCUUCGCUUCCUUCCCGCUGCCGGCGUCGGCGUCGGCAUCGGUCGCGUCUCCGCCCGCAGCCGCAGGCACCGCCUCCUCCUCUCCGCGAGCUCGGCGACUCCCUCGCUGCAGAAUCCGACGCUCCUCCCGCUUCCGCACGCCCGCAGGUGCAGAGAUACCUCGUCAUGUCAGCUGCUGUAGAUAGUGCACGGAAGAGGUGCAGCUGUGGCAGCUCCAAAUGGCAGAACUUGAGCACCAAAUGCCUGAACUUAAAGUGCGGUUGUUUCAAGGCUGGUGUGCAUUGCAUGCAUGGGCGAUGCAAGUGCAAGGGCUGCGAGAACAAUCCGUAUGACCUGGCCUAUGAGGGUGGCAAGGGGUGCACGUGCAAAUCCAACAAAUGCAAAAUCAUGACCUGUGGUUGCCGGGAGCGCGGGGCCAGGUGCACCUUAGAAUGCAGUUGCCAAGGGUGCGAAAAUGGAAAAGGGACCGGAGGGGCUGUUCUGCGUGUAGAAGCAGCCGAUAAGUCCAAUGCUGGACCAGGCGGGCAGGGAGGUACCAUCAGCAGCGGCGAGGCCGUCGAACCGUCCAGCAAACGGCCAAAACUCAAGUGAUGACAGUAGGCUUGAGACAUACCAGAGCAUGAUGCAAGUCACCUUACAUACUUAGCAUCCUUGUAAUGAUUACUCAAAGCAAGUACGGCGAGAACUCCAUGAUCUGCGAUGUCGUUUGCCUCAGUCUCAGGGGGCUUUGGUGGACCCCUAGCUCUUGAUCAGACUGAUAGAUACUUGAUACAUAUAUACUCCUGUAGGAAUCAUUGCUCUCAUCGGUUGCUGUCCAUACUCCAUACAUACUAUCUGCAAAUGAUUUCUCUCUUAUAAACUUUAGGAAUUUUCUGGUGGUGUUUGUAAUCCAAACUGGUAU